AUGAGAGCGGCAUAUACUUUGGUUGCGGACCUUUGGAAACGAAGAAACAUUGUCCAAUCCAUUAUGGACCCAUCAGAAGUCAUCAUCAACCGAUGCACUCUUGAACUCCUCUACCUAAAGGGCAUCGUGGUCUUGGAUAGACGGUACAUCGGAUAUGAGUACCAAGAUCCCAAGAUCGAGGGUUUCCGACGCUCUUGCGUGAAAGCUGCACACUUGAGAUUCUCACCUGUCAAGCAGACAUGCAUCAAAUGUUCCAGCCCGGUGGCCGACUCCAGGAAGAUCAUAUAUGACUUUCUCCCUGCUGCAACGGUGGGCUGCCCUGACUUAUCUGUGCGAUUAGAAUCUCAGUCGACUUUCAGAGAUGAGAGCGAAAUGAAUGGACUUGUUUCCAAGGGGAUUCUAGCACUAAAACAGUCACAGAAGAUUCGGGUGUCUAACAGUCACAAUACAUCAGAAUCUCGCGUUGCAUCCCUUGCACUGGAUCUGAUGGUUCGUAGGGCCGCUGAAAUCCAAGCUGCCUCUUCAUGUGAUAGAGCAAUGCAAUCUACGGGUCAUUCCAUAUUGGACCAGAAUUUGCAAGAUCCUGGCCUUGGUGCAUCUUACUUAGAAUCGACCGAUGAUAUGGCUACUUUAUUCUCAGAUAUUUCCGAUUCUCUUGGCUCCCAUUCUUCUUACCGAGAGCCAUUGGGUAUCUUCUUUGCAUUCUACUAUUCCAGUUAUAUGCCUCAUUCUCGGGAAUAG